ACAAUCCUUCAUCUUCUUCAUCACUCUCUCCCAUUUCAGCUCUCUCCUCCGAUACAACCCAGAGAGCAAAACUUACCUCUUAGCUAUGGCAAUUUCAGCCGCCACUGCAUCUGCUUCAUCAACAAAGCUUAUAUCCCCUUACACUACUUCAUCAUCUUCCCCCAGCUGCGGAACCGCCAUAGCUUUCUCUACUUCCACUCCCAAAUCAAAACCAGGUAAGCUAAUUCUCUCAUCCACAUCUUUUAUCACAAACCCAUCUGCCAUUUUCUUCUGCCCAUCAACCCAAACCAAUCUCCGCCGCAGUGGGUUUACUGUUAAGGCAGCAAGAGGGAAAUUCGAGAGAAAUAAACCCCAUCUUAACAUAGGAACAAUCGGACAUGUCGACCAUGGAAAGACAACUCUUACAGCAGCCUUAACCAUGGCUCUAGCUUCCUUUGGAAACAGCGCACCCAAAAAGUACGAUGAAAUCGAUGCUGCGCCGGAGGAACGGGCUCGUGGUAUCACGAUUAACACUGCCACGGUCGAGUACGAGACGGAGAAUCGUCACUACGCUCACGUGGAUUGUCCUGGACACGCUGAUUAUGUAAAGAACAUGAUUACCGGCGCUGCACAGAUGGACGGAGCAAUCUUGGUUUGCUCCGGCGCAGAUGGACCAAUGCCGCAGACUAAAGAGCAUAUUCUUCUUGCGAAACAGGUGGGUGUUCCUAAUAUGGUUGUGUUUUUGAAUAAGCAAGAUCAAGUUGAUGAUGAAGAAUUGUUGGAAUUAGUUGAAUUAGAAGUUAGAGAGCUUUUAUCUUCAUAUGAAUUUCCUGGGGAUGAUAUUCCAAUCAUUUCUGGCUCUGCUCUGUUAGCUUUAGAAGCUUUAAUGGGGAAUCCUGCCAUUAAAAGAGGAGAAAAUCAAUGGGUUGAUAAGAUUUACAGUUUAAUGGAUGCUGUUGAUGAUUACAUUCCAAUCCCAACAAGACAAACUGAUCUUCCAUUCUUGAUGGCAAUUGAAGAUGUGUUUUCAAUCACCGGUCGUGGAACAGUAGCUACAGGUCGAAUCGAGAGAGGAACGGUUAAGGUCGGGGAGACAGUCGAGAUAGUAGGUUUGAAAGAUACUAGGAACACGACUGUAACUGGUGUGGAGAUGUUUCAGAAGAUUCUAGAUGAUGCCAUGGCUGGAGACAAUGUGGGUCUUCUUUUGAGAGGAAUUCAGAAGAUUGAUAUUCAGAGAGGAAUGGUUUUGGCGAAACCUGGGACGAUUACUCCUCAUGUUAAGUUCGAGGCGAUUAUUUAUGUUUUGAAGAAGGAAGAAGGUGGGAGGCAUUCGCCUUUCUUUGCGGGUUAUAGGCCUCAGUUUUAUAUGAGGACUACUGAUGUUACUGGAAAGGUUACGAGUAUAAUGAACGAUAAAGAUGAGGAAUCGAAGAUGGUUAUGCCUGGUGAUCGUGUCAAGAUUGUUGUGGAGAUGAUAAUGCCGGUGGCUUGCGAGCAAGGGAUGAGGUUUGCUAUUAGAGAAGGAGGUAAGACAGUUGGAGCUGGUGUCAUUCAAUCGAUUAUCGAAUGAGGGAUUUUGAUUGUUUGUUGGAAAUUGGAAACUGGUUUUGUAUGUUAUUUGUCUCGAAAGAUAAUUGUUCAAAAGAUCUAUUUUUAUUUCUGUAA